GUAUAUAGCACAGUCUGAUAGCUUCUAUCAAUCUACAGACUUACACAAACGAUCAAGGGAAUUGAAACCUCACAUAGGGAUCAAUUACGAUAGCGUGGCCGCCGCCUCGCCUCUGACAAUGGCACCCGGGCUGAACGAUGCCCUCGCAGCAGAUAAACCUCCUGCUCUUGACUACUUCUUCUAGAAGAUACAGAGGGUUUAUACUGGGCUGUUUACGCGAUUGUCAUGGAGAAGCUCGACAGCCCUUGCAGAUCAUCUGCCUUCACGAAUCCUCUCUGCAGCCCUCUGUAAGCCUUCUGUGGCCCUUGUGGAUCCUCUACCUUCGCGAAUACCCUCGACAGCCCUCUGUGGCCCUCUAAAUGGCCAGCGUCAUAAUUUCUCCU